UCGCUCUAGUACAUUCGUGUAUAGGUACUUUAAGCUACGGACCACAUUGUGGUUAAGAAAUAUUCGCGCCUUUUACGUGUAUUUUCGCCGGUUCUCAUGCUGCUAACGUGUUAGCAUUAGCUUCAUACGAUGCUAGCCGCUUUAAGCUAGCGGCAAUAGUUUGUUAACGACACGCGUCAGUCAGACGUGUUAUCUCGACUUUUUACUUCAACAUUAGCUUCUAGCUCGGUUUGUGUGUGUUUUGUGUAAGCCGAAUCCACCGCCGGGAUAGUUGCGUUCCUAUUCGUCCCCGACCGUACCGCAGCUUCAAUGUCGGAGGACUUGGUGAAGCAGCUCGGCAGCUACAAAGCUCAGCUCCAGCAAGUUGAAGUCGCCUUGUCCACUGAUGCGGACAAUGAAGACCUCCGCAAACUACAAAAAGACUUGCAGGAAGUCAUUGACUUGACAAAAGACCUCCUGGCCUCACAGCCCGCUGAUGCUGCUCCCAGUACAAAUGGCGCCCCGGCGGCUCCCGCCAAGCACAUCUGGAAAGUGGGGGACAAGUGUUUGGCCGUGUGGAGUCAGGACGGACAGGUGUACGACGCCGAGAUCGAGGAGGUCGACCAUGAAAACAGCACGGCGGCCGUCACCUUCAUCAGCUACGGCAACGCCGAAGUGAUCCCUCUGCAGAACCUCAAGUCGCGAGAGGACGGAGGCCACCUGGACGAUGACUUGCUGGGUUUAAAGUCCAAGUCGAGGAAGGAGCAGAUAGCCGAACAGCGAGAAUAUAAAAAGAAGAAAGCCCAGAAAAAGGUGCUGAGGAUGAAGGAACUGGAGCAGGAGCGGGAGGACCAAAAGUCCAAGUGGCAACAGUUCAACAACAAAGCCUACUCAAAAACCAAGAAAGGACAGGUCAAGAGGAGCAUAUUUGCCUCCCCAGAAAGCGUGAAUGGAAAAGUCGGGGUGGGAACGUGCGGCAUCGCCGACAAACCCAUGACUCAGUACAACGACACAUCCAAAUACAACGUCAGACAUUUAAUGCCACAAUGACCCCUCCCCCUCCCAUGUCUCUUGUAAAUACAUUAACCCUUUCAGCGCCACGCUGAAUGUAAGCCUGUUUUCCACGUUGUGCGUACACAUGAUCCAAGUUUGUCCAGUUCAAGAGGAGCGACUGGAAUACCAUUGGAAUGUCGGUGUAGUUUUCUUAGUAGGAAGUACGUGACCCCGCUUCGCAAUGAGGUCACAGGACGUAGACUUUGUGCCCUAAGUCCACACAGGCCACCGUGCUGUGUGUUUUCAUUUCAGAGUAAAUGCAUCAAUGACAGCAAUGAUGCCUUUCACCUCUGUAUUUAUAACAAGCAACUAUUAAAAGAUCCAUUUGUUGAGUUUUA